CCCCGGCUCGCGGGUCCCAAUGCGCCCGCUCGGCCUCGUCUACACUCUGGUCUGCGCAAACUUUUGCAGCUAUCGGGACACUUCGGCGGCUCCGCAGAGCGCAUCCAUCAAAGCUUUGCGCAACGCCAACCUCAGGCGAGAUGAGAGCAAUCACCUCACAGACUUGUACCGGAGAGACGAGACCAUCCAGGUGACAGGACACGGCCACGUGCAGAGUCCUCGCUUCCCCAACAGCUACCCCAGGAACCUGCUCCUGACAUGGCGGCUCCAGUCCUGGGAGAAAACCAGGAUACAGCUCACCUUUGACCACCAGUUUGGCUUGGAGGAAGCCGAAAAUGAUAUCUGUAGGUAUGAUUUUGUGGAAGUUGAAGAUGUAUCUGAAACCAGUACCAUAAUUAGAGGACGGUGGUGUGGACACAAGGAGGUUCCUCCAAGGAUAACAUCAAGAACAAACCAAAUUAAAAUAACAUUCAAGUCUGAUGACUACUUUGUGGCUAAACCUGGAUUCAAGAUUUAUUAUUCUUUUGUGGAAGAUUUCCAACCCGCAGCAGACUCAGAGACCAACUGGGAGUCAGUCACAAGCUCUAUCUCAGGGGUAUCCUAUCACUCUCCAUCAGUAACGGACCCCACCCUCACUGCGGAUGCUCUGGACAAAACAGUCGCAGAAUUUGAUACCGUGGAAGAUCUGCUCAAGCACUUUAAUCCAGAAUCAUGGCAAGAAGAUCUUGAGAAUCUAUAUUUGGAAACCCCCCAUUAUCGAGGCAGGUCCUACCAUGACAGGAAGUCAAAAGUCGACCUGGACAGGCUCAACGAUGACGUCAAGCGCUACAGUUGCACUCCCAGGAAUUACUCCGUCAACUUGAGAGAGGAGCUGAAGCUGACGCACGUGGUCUUCUUUCCCCGGUGCCUCCUUGUGCAGCGUUGUGGGGGCAACUGUGGCUGUGGGACCAUCAACUGGAAAUCCUGCACGUGCAGCUCCGGGAAAACCGUGAAAAAGUAUCAUGAGGUAUUAAAGUUUGAACCUGGCCAUUUCAAGAGGAGGGGCAGAACAAAGCACAUGGCUCUCGUUGACAUCCAGUUGGAUCAUCAUGAACGCUGUGACUGCAUUUGCAGCUCACGACCGCCUCGAUAAUAGAAUGUGCACGUACUUACGCUGAGCAUGAAUGAAUCUUUAGUUUAAGGAGGGUGUGGUAAGAGACCCUUUUCCCACCAGCAACCGAACUUAACUACUAGCCUGCAAAGCAAUGAAUACAAAUGGUUGCUGAGUUUCAACCUAGCUUUGUUAGCCAUGGCAAGUAGAAAGGUAUAUCAUCAACUUCUAUAUCCCAGAAUAUAGGAUUGCAUUUAAUAAUAGUGUCGGAGAAUAUGUACAUGUAUCUAUACAUACGUAUAUAUUCUCAUGUCUAUGUGUAAAUACAUCAAAUGGUUUAUUCAGUGUAUACAACCAGAUACACUAGAGCUGACAUAUGGUGGAGUUAUUUAGACCCUUAAAAUCUUUUGACUAAUUCAGGGACAUAUUAAAUAGAUGAAACAUGGCCUUGGAAGACUCAGAAGAUUAUUUUGUUUAUUUUUAAAUUCGAAUCACAAAACAAUCUUGGAUCUUGCUCUUUUAAAGAAAACACCUUGUAUAUUAAAAGCCAAUAAAUUAGCUUUUCUUAUAUAAACAUCUUAAUUAUAUAAAAAAAGGAAAACUAUGGUUUCUGGGGAAAAGGCACAGACCGUUUUUCCCAUGGGACGCACUACAUGCUUACCUAUGUAGACAAUAAUUACCUAUCUCCAGAAGCAUGCCAUAAUAAUAUAGAUGCUUUAGAAAUUAAGUCAUUAAGUCUUCUUUUUAUGCAUUUUGCUGAGGCAUGCAAAUUCACUUAACACCUGUCUCAAAAAAAUUUCUCAGAAGGUUUAUUAUUAUAAUCCUCCCAGAGACAAUUUAUUAACUGUAGCAGAAUUUUUAAUUGUUUCAUUCUGAAAACCCCUCCACAGAAGUAACUCCUUUUAGAAAAUGGCAUGGGGACUCUGUAUGAGCCUUUCAAAAUAGUGUUCGUUGAAAGAUUUGGAUAGUUGAAAGUAAGAACAGUGAACACAGAAAUAUUAACAGAACUGGAAAUCGGAUGGAAUAUUUGAUUGGAUCAUAUUUAAUAAUGGGUCCAAAACUCUCCAAAAAACGUGGAUUUACAAUGGCAUUUAAAUUUGGCAAGAAUCAUGAAUUAUUUAUAGCCUAAAAGCUUUUGUGUAUUAAAACCACCCGAUUUUAUUGAUGUACAUUCCUAAUCGUACCCUCACUCACCAUUCUGAAUUCCUGUUUCUGAACUAAGUGAAAUCAGAUCUGGGGUCUGUGGUUCUCUCCAGAUCUGUGGAGCUUGUUCUAAGAAGCUGUCCUGCAAGUUACAGGAACACAAAUUUGGCCUCUCUCCACCACUAGAAACCUUGAGUUUGCAUCGGCAGUCAUUCUUGGUAUUUAAGGUCAUUUUCCCUCCCUGGCUCCUCAGUGUCUAUUGGAAAGGAGAUACUCCCGGAGUAGGAGGUGAUUCAUCAUUCUCCGAAGCAAGGCUCUUGGGAGAGAGCACCACUGAAAUCCAGAUAGCUCCAGGGCUACUCAGAGAGAGUUCAGUUUUCCUGCUGCCUUGAAACAAAAAGAGAGCCGAUUUCUUCCAUGAGUCUAGGUCCCUAGUGACUAGAACCAGUUUGAGUGAGGGGUGUGUGAUGCGGUCUGGGUAAGCCCCGGGGCUCAGAUGCUUGGACUUCAAAGCAUUGGCCACGUUCUCUACCAUCCUUCAUCGUAUCCUCCUUUCCUCUCCGCUCUUUGAGACAAAAGGCCAUUGCUUAUUGAAGAUGGGAAACUUCCCUAGAAGGGCCCAGUGUUCUGACCGCAGGGAGUGAGUGGUGAAAUCACUGUCUUGUUCAGCUGUCCAGAAUCCCAGAGCACAGUCAGAAAUAGCCAAAGCAGAGGCCCUCACCGUCAGGGACCUCCUUGUCCCCUUCACGAGCACGUGCAAGUUUACCGUGAAAACGUCGGCGUGGGUGCCCAAAUCAAAAUGUGUGUCACCUCUCUGGCUUGUGCAGCUCACGUCGUAGCUGUAAGUAUGAAAAAUUAGAGUGUUCUACCCCAAUUUUCAAUAAACCUUCCAGGCUGCAAUAACCAGGAUGGUUUUCGGCUAAAGCCCUAUCUGUACUUUUUAUUUAUUAGCUGAAAUGUAAGCAGGCAUAUUCACUCACUUUUCUUUCUUCUUUCCUGAGGGUUUUAUUAAAACGUCUCCCUUGGUUAUCUGUUAUCUAUUGCACUUGCAACAUGUAGCCAAUAAAUCUGUUUCAUUGCCAUCAAAGGAAUAAAAAAGCUCGCCGUACAAAUUACAUUCCAAAACAAACCCUAAUCAAUCCGCAUUUCUGCAUGGCUCACUCACCUGGAAUAAUGCCUUUCAUUCAAUAUGUUCUUAUAGGGCAGAACACUUUCAUAAGUGGAAUUUGUUAUGUUUUUUGUCAUAUCGGUAACACGCGGCUUUUUCCUCUCGCAGCAUUUUUCUAUAGCAAAUGUAAUAUGGCUCUUAUCUUCAUGAAAAAUAUAUAUUGCUUUUGAACAAAACUACUCCAUUAUUUAGUUCCCAAUUGCAGUUUUAAAAGGUAUACAGCGUUACGACCUUACUUUCACCAAUGCAUGCAGCUAUUUGGGAUGACAGGAUGGGGUGAUGGCUGAGGGCUUGGUUUGAGGAAGUAGGACCAGCGCGAACCUUGUCCCCUAGCAGCAGGCUUUUGCUCAGUCUCUGUCCCGGAGCUGGGCAGCCGGCGGGACUUGAGGUCUCGCGGUCUUGUUGCUAUUUGUGCCUCUGACUGUUUGCCCGCGGGCCUUUUAACAAAAUACAGUCGCCUCUGACAUUCCUCACUGAAGAGAGUUCACAGGCUGUCUCUUCCUUAGGGGCCUGACAUCAGUACCAUCCCGACUCAUUUCCCUUUUGUCUGCCCUGGAAGUCUUUCUAGAUGGGCCCCCCAGCCGGAGGGGGAGUGCUCCCAGCUCAGGGAGGCCAGAGAGGGGCUGCGAGCCUGUGGACUUUGAUGUACGAUCAGGGGACGGGGGCACGGGGACACGGAGUGUAAAGAGAGCUCUGCUCACUGCAAGAAUUUGAGCUUUUGCUUGCAGCUUGGUCUUCAUCAUUGUCCUACCUGAGGCUGGACAGGAGCUGAUCCAUGUUGGCUGAAACUCGGCCACUUCGUGGAGUGAGCGGUUUCCGGUUGUUCAGGGAAAGGGAGUAGAGACGUGUAUUCUGUGCCAAGAAUCAAUUUUACCAUCGGAAAUACCAGCUAACGUGUGAGUCAAAGUGUGGGUAAGGACAGGAAGGAAGGAAUCAAAUAAUGCUGUGCAUGGUUGUUAAUUCGGAUAACUUGGUUUUCAUGAUUUUUAUAUAAAAAUCCAAGUUAUCUGAAUAUAUAUAUAUGUAUACAAUUAUCUGAAUAUAUAUACAAGUUAUCUGAAUAUAUAUAUAUCUGUAUCUGUGUGUGUGUGUACACACAGUAUCUUAAUGCAGAUACCUUAAUCAUCUUAUGUUAUUUCCUGAAGUAUACAUGUGUCCAGUUUUACUCCAAGAACAACUUUACAGAUGUCCAAAUUGUUCAUAUCCUCCCAGGGUCCUCAGGUAGAAUAUUAAAUUAAAAUUCAUAGAUUGGUAUUCAUGCCUGAAAUCCCAGGAAGUACAGUUCUGUUUAUUGACAGCUCUGAUCAAAUAUGCUGGAAGAGAGAAUAUUUAUAAUUCACUGGUUUUUAUUGACAUCCGCUUAAAUUGUGUUGUUUUUAAAGAUCAAGUUAAGGACCUGCCGCCCUGGGAUGGGAGGGCGUGUCUCCUGAGUGUCGGGGGGGCGACAUCACCAAGGGGAAUGAAUGAUUCGCCUCAUUUAAGACUUCAUGCUUGCCCUUCAGGUUACAGUCCAGAAUUUGCAAGUUAACUUGUAUCUUUUUUAAAUAAAGUUCAUUUAUAUAGA